AUGAAUUUUGUUCAAGAACGAGUUAAAGAGUUACAAGAAGAUUUAGAUAGUCUUUUUCAAUCCUUAAGUUCUGACUCUGUUAAAGAAAAUGUUUUCCGACUCCUUCGGCGUUCGACCGUUUUCCAAAUUGAUUUGGCAAGUUCUCAGACUUCUUCCAUUUCUGACGUUAGUUUAGAUAAUGAUAUUGGUACCGAACGCGCAGAAGUUCUAAGAAAGGCAAUUGACUCUGUCCAGCUUGACAAAGGCGAUAUUCCAAAAAUGGAUGUUAUAUUAAAUCAAUUGAAUAUGGUUGAACAAGGCCUCCACGGAAAUUGGAAGACAGCUACAAAUGAUGCGUCAUUUCGGGAAGACGAGGAAUUGGAAAGAGGGAUUAUUCAUUUAGAAUGGCUGUUUCUUGCAAAAAUGACCAUAUCUAUAUAUGGCAAAAUAUUAGAAAAUUUAUUGAUAUCGACUCUUCCGUUAUCAGACGAUAUUCAUUAUUGGGGAGAGUUAGAAGGAAACAAAUUUUGGAGUUUGAUUCAUCUUUUUCAAAGUGAUUUAGUGGUUUAUGCUUCUCCUUUACGAAUAUACUCUUUAUUAGGAGCUAUAUUUAGCACGAUUCGCCAACAAUUUCGAGAUGUUUCGUCAUUGUAUGUAAGACAACCGUUUUCUCUAGGUUAUAUGAUCAACCUUUUCCCCAGAUAUAUGCAUACGCGUUUUUUGAAUGCUCCACUUGUAUCUUUGAUCCGAUACGAAAUCCAUUAUAAGAAAUCGAUGCUUACUUCUCUUAUGGAGUAUCAAGCAGCAUGUCUCGGAUUAUUAAUAUGUGAAGACAAAGGGUUUGACUUUAAAAAAAUUGCAGAGGAGAUAAAUGGAAUGACCAAAGAAGACCGAUUGAAUGUUAAUUUUUGUGAUAUCAUUGCAAAAAAAUUAAUUAAUUGCAUAGUACUGAUGGAGAGAAUUUUAAAUCAAGCCACAGGAUUUGAUGUUGAAAAGGGAGAGAUGCCUAACAUUAAUAAAAUUUUCGAUUCACCACCUUCCUUAUUGGCUUUUUAUACGCAUUUGCGCUCCGUUAUCAUCACUCACCUUCCUCGUUAUGAUGAGCAAUUUAAUCGGAUCAUUUCUAUUUAUGGUACUCCGUCAACAUUGACUCGAUGGUGGAUACCUAUCACCAUCUCGACCGUUGUUGCUUACAAAACAAGAAAUCAUAUCUAUGAGGAAGAUUUUAUAAAAUGGUUUGAAGAAGCUAAAUCAACCGUUGUCAAUUUUUGGAGUGAUUGGGUUUGGGAACCCCUUAUAAGGAUGAUGGAUACAAUUCGUCACAAAGAAAGAAGGUUGGUGCUCAUGGGGAAAGAUAGUUUAAAUUCUGAUUUAGAGUCUCUUGAAAGAAUGGUAUUAGACUUUGUUCGUGAUCAACGUCAACUUAAUGAUGAAGAGAUAGUUAAUUUAACUUAUCGAAUUCGCGAUGGAGAUCUCUCAAUGGUAUUGAGAGUAUAUGAGCAGGAAUUGAAGAGCCCUUUUAAAUCGACUGUUACAGGUAAUCUUAUUAGAACGUUGUUGAUUCAAGUACAAAAGACAAAAGUAGAUAUGGAACUCGCAAUGGCCGCGUUAGAUAAGCUAUUAAAAUCAAAUGAAUUAAAUUUUGCAUUCUUGGCCCUGGGACCAAGUUUGUUUGUCGUCUAUUUAUUUUCUACUUGGAUCAAGAAUAUUUGGUGGAAUAAAGGCACUUGGCCGGGUAAAGUCAAAGGCGCAAACGUUAAAAUGAGAGAAUCCUUACGAAUUGUAGAACGUUUACUUGUUGAACGAUUACUUGAAGAAAGAGACCAUUUAUUAGCUUCUCAUCCUACACCUUUUGCAACUCAUGGUCUUGUGAUUUGUCACGUACAUCGUCUUCGAACUUAUGCAAUGUAUCUACCAUCCAAGAACAAUUUACGUGGACGUGUUUUAGAUGAUCUUAGAGCAUUAGAUUAUCCUCGAAUGGGAGUUAGACAAAAAGUCAUGACUUGCGAACGAAUGUGGCGUUGUUGGGGAUUCUUAAAUAGUCGUGACGAGUAA